GUCAGAGCUGCGUCUCCAUCCAAGCCUGGACCUUUCUCACCGGCCCUGCCAGCCCCAGGACAAUCACCCCCAGCAGGGUCAUUCAGAGACUGACAUCCCCUCUCGACCAUGUGCAGACCCAUCUCCUUCUUCCCCCUCCUCCUCAUUCUCCUCCCUGGGGUCUCCACUCAUUGUCACACGGCCACAGCUGAGGAGUGUGAGGAGCACACGGCUUUUGUUCCUGGGCACAAUCUCGCAGGAGAGGGCAUUGACGUGACCACGCUGGGUAGAAAAGGGGCCUACUUGGUGGACAGCAGCCGCUGGCAGCGCCAGGAUGGGACCUGCACCCUGUGUCUGAACUCACUGCUGGAGGGGCAGCUGCAGAGGCUGCCGCUGGCCGCGGCAGACUGGAGGGAGAAGGUCUCAUGCCGCAGGAAGCUCUCCAGCACCGUGAAGGAGUCAGCCUUGGGCAUGGUCCGUGCGGCGGGCGCCGUGGUACAGAAUGACUGGAAGGUGGGGCUGGAGGUGGAGGUGAAGCCCAGUGCCAACGCCCAGGUGACGCUGGCCGGCUCGCACUCCAAACUGGCAGAGUUCAGCACGGAGAAGUCUCAGCAAGACAAGUACAGCUUCACCAGCCACGAGGUGUCCUGCGCAUACUAUACGUUCCGCGUUACCCACAAACCUCCGCUCACCAGCCAUUUCACCCGGGCCUUGAGGGACCUCCCGGAGGAUUACACCCACAGCUCACGCCUCGAGUACCGUCAGCUGAUCAACACCUACGGCACCCACUACGUGUCCCAGCUGCAGCUGGGGGGCCGGGUGCGGGACGUGACGGCUGUGAGGGUCUGCGAGGCGGCGCUGGACGGGGUGACGGCUGACGAGGUCAAGGACUGUCUGAGCCUGGAGGCCUCCGUCAGCAUCGGGGGCGGGAAGGGCAAGGCCGAGGCGGCCUUCAGCCAGUGUGAGGAGCAGAAGAAGAAGCAGAACUUCAAGCGGAGCUUCCAUGAGACUUACAGUGAGCGUCACACUGAGGUGACGGGCGGCAACAGCCACGCCGACCUGCUGUUCUCUGAGGGGCAGGAUGCCGAGGUUUUCUCGGCCUGGAUGGAGAGCCUCAAAGCCAGCCCUGGCCUGGUGUCCUACUCGCUGCACCCCAUCCACACCUUGGUGAGGCAGAGCAACCCCAAGCGGGAGGCGCUGAGGCAGGCAGUGAGCGAUUAUGUCACCGAGAGGGCCCUGUGGAGGAAUUGCACCCACAGCUGCCCGCCGGGGACCCGGCGCAGCGCCCAUGACUCCUGCUCCUGCGUCUGCCCCGGGGACGGCUCCACCAACACCAUGUGCUGCUCGCGGGAGCGCGGCCUGGGGAAACUGACGGUGACGGUGGAGCGGGCCAGCGGCCUGUGGGGCGACUACACCAGCGGCACCGACGCCUACGUCAAGGUCUCCUUCCAGGACCGGGAGGUGCGGACAGCAACCGUGUGGAACACUGACAACCCGGUCUGGGGCGUCCACCUGGACCUGGGGCACGUGCGGGUGGCGGAGACCAGCCAGCUCCGCCUCCAGGUCUGGGACGAGGACAACAAGUACGACGACGACCUGCUGGGGACGUGCGACGAGCCGCUGCGCUCUGGAGAGGGUCACCUGCGGGUCUGCUACCUGAACCACGGCCGGCUGGACUUCCGGUACAGCCUGGUGUGUGGUCCCAGCCUGGGCGGGCCCCACUGCUUGGACUACGUCCCCCAGGGCCCUGGGAACUACAGAGCGGCCCAGGGUUAGCUCAGAGGGACGUUCCAGGACAAGCAAUUCGCCCCACCUGGCCCCUGCAGCCAGGGGUCUUCCCUCUCCCCCAGGGGCCAUCUGCUGUGACCUCAUUUCGCCAGCAGCUGGGUGGGCUCUGUCUCACGGGGGGUGACGGGGCUC